UUCAAAGGGCGAGACUCCAUUGUUUUCGCUCUGCCCUGAUAUUUCCCAUGAAUGAAUGCCGCGAUUCGAGGUCAAGACGUGUUUUUUUCACCUGGCGUGAUGUAAUUCGUAUUCGACAUUCGUGAUACAUUCACCUCAAGAAUCUAGACAUAUUUGUGUUCAUUUGAAAAAUAAUUUGUUCUACGUUAAAUUUAGGAAUAAAAUGUUAUAGUGUAUAUUCUGUGAUAGAGAAAAUUACGCAUGCGUAUUAAUGUUAUCUCGGUGUCGUGAACUUGUGAAACGUAGACGAUGCACACAAAUGUAGUUUAUUUGCGUUUGAAAACAGUUCGCUCGUGAGUAAUCUAAGCCUAUUUUUGAGCAAAGUUAACCUCACUUCUUUUUGGUAAAAAUUAAUACGGUGAUUCAUAGACUGUUUUUAUGUUUAAUAUAUAAAACAUUUUCUUAUAUUUAACGUGAUCGAUGUGAUAUCAGUGUUAAAAAUUUUAAGACGUACAUGCUAACCUUUGUUUUGUCAAAAUAUCGAAAUCGAUAAGAAAUAUGGAAGCGAUUAACGUGAUUUACAAAUGACAAAAAUAUGGAUAAUUGUUUUGCUGUCUGCGGCUGUGAUGAUCUUGAAGGCGUAACUAAAUCAGAUUUAGAUCGAUAUACAGAUAAAAUUGAAAAUGUUCUCAACGAUGAAAAGGGAAGGCGACUAUUUAGAAAUUUCAUGUUUUCUAGUAACAUGAGACACGGUCGUCGGAUUUUAGAUCUUUGGGAAAAUACAGAAAGAUUACUCACUUACAGGGAUGAUGACAGUUCAUCUUUUCGUAACUACUUGAGAGAUUACGAUCGAUUGACCGAUGCGGCUGAAAGGGUCGAAGAGUUAGACUUUGCUAUCAUGGAAAGACUAGUCCUUACACGCGAAUCAGAAAAUAAAGAAGAGAUGGAAGAAGUGUUAAGAGCUUUAAAAGUAGAAGUAACAAAAGCACUUAGAAGAGAAUAUAACGCUUUUCGAAUACGUUUUAUACCUCCUAAAAAUAAUUGAUGUACAUUUUAAAAAUCACUGUGCCUUGCUUAACAGGCGUUUAUAUUUCGCGCCGUUUUACAACAGUACCUACCUACCUAUUGGCAGGAUAAAUUGAUUUUAUAACUGUUUUUGGGAAGGACGUGAACAUCACAUUAAUAUUAAGAAAUGUGAAUAUUGUUUUAAUACCACUAAAGCACUAUUUAGUAUUUUAUUGUAAAUUGUACUUUGUUGAAUGUUAUUGUUGUGUUAUAAGAUUUUGAAGUGAGAAAUAAAUUAUUUUUAAUGCUUUAUGUC